AUGCUGAAGAGGAAAUUACGGUUUUGCCACAACUCAUGCUUCAGGCUUUUCUUGGGUCUAACUCUUAUUUUAGUAAUCAUUUCGGUUUUGAAAGUUAACCAGAAACAAGACUACUUAAACCGGAAACAUCUAGAACUGACACAAGAAGAUCCUCUUGGCAAUGUUAACUGCACUAAGGUUAUAGAGGGGGAUAUGGAAGAAAUUCAAAAGGUAAAGCUUGAAACGUUGUCAGUGUCGUUUAAGAAACGCCCCAGACUAACAACAAACGAUUAUAUUAACAUGACGGCAGACUGUGCCUCCUUCACCAAGACUAGGAGGUACGUUAUGGAACCUCUCAGCAGUGAAGAAGCAGAAUUUCCAAUUGCUUACUCAAUAGUGGUUUAUCACAAAAUCGAGAUGCUUGAUAGACUUCUAAGAUCAAUCUAUGCCCCUCAGAAUUUUUACUGCAUUCAUGUUGACAAAAAAUCUCCAGAAUCGUUUUUUGCUGCUGUCAAGGGAAUAGUCUCAUGUUUUGAUAAUGUCUUCAUUUCCAGCCAGCUAGAGAGUGUUGUGUAUGCUUCAUGGAGCAGGGUGCAGGCAGAUAUUAACUGCAUGAAAGAUCUCUACAGACGAAGUUCGCACUGGAAAUACCUAAUAAACCUCUGUGGCAUGGACUUUCCUAUAAAGACCAACCAGGAAAUGGUAGAGAAAUUAAAAGCCCUUAAAGGCUUAAACAGUCUAGAAACAGAAAAAAUGCCUGCUUAUAAAGAAGUAAGGUGGAAAAAACACCACGAGAUUGUUGAUGGUAAAAUAAAGAACACAGGCAUAGACAAACAACUGCCACCUCUCAGUACUCCAAUUUUUUCUGGUAGUGCCUAUUUUAUAGUUAGCAGGAGAUUUGUAGAACACAUAUUAGAAAGCAGCAAAAUACUUAAAUUCAUCGAGUGGGCAAAAGACACUUACAGCCCAGAUGAGUACCUGUGGGCAACAAUUCAAAGAAUCUCUGAAGUCCCAGGUGCAGUUCCUUCUAGUGACAAGUAUGACGUUUCUGACAUGAAUGCACUGGCCAGGUUUGUCAAGUGGCAGUACUUUGAGGGCGACGUGUCCAAAGGUGCACCCUACCCACCAUGCAGUGGAGUUCACGUUCGUUCUGUCUGUGUUUUUGGGGUCGGAGACCUGAACUGGGUGCUGCGAAACCACCACUUCUUCGCUAACAAGUUUGACACGGAUGUCGACCCUUUUGCAGUUAAAUGUUUGGAAGAGUAUUUGCGACAUAAAGCUUUGUACCUGCAAAAGAACUGA